UAUGGGUCGUGGUCUGUGAUAUGGCUCCAAAAAUCGAAAACCAAAACGACGCAUGUUAAAAAUAAAUAAAUAAUAUUUUUUUAGGUAAACGUGGACCUAAUUGCAAUAUGCUACGUGUAACGUGUUACCAUGCGUGCUAAAAACUGAACGAAGAAAAUAUGGAGCGCGGAAAAAUGUCAUCAACCGGCCGCGGAGGCAAGAGCAAAGCCCCACAACACCCUCAGGACAUUUUCGCUUUGGGCAGCAAAUCCACCGUUGUGGUGUCCCGCGACUCGGAAAAGAGGAAUAUUCAUAAACCUUCUGCAAGUGGAGUGGGUGAAAGAAAGCGAGAACCAGCAGGGUUCGGCAGCGCGCCGCCCAGCAAGCGGGCCCGCAUCGGCUCUCCAGCUGAGUCUGUUACCGGCACCUCGUUGGAAAUAGACCCAGUGGACCUGGUGCCCAAUGUGCUGCAGGCUCUGGAUACACAUAACUCUGAUAAAUUGUUGGGCCUUCUCACAGGCUCAAUACGCCUCCUCAAGUCCCAGCGUUCGAAACCAGACCCAAUAUUAUGCAUGAGUAUGCUCUACUUGACCAAGAUCCGUCCCAACAUGUUUGCUCAUGAGACAGUGACACAAACAUUGUGUACCUUGCUGAAGAGGGAACAAGGAGCAGCGUUCAAGAGCAAGGGCAACCCGCUGGUGUUUGUGCUGGCUUGCAACAUGCUGUACGCGGGACACAGGGACAGCAACAACUGGCCUGACACUUUCAUAAAGGUGUACAUCGAAGACGCGCUGAACGAGCGCUGGUGGGUGGAGUGCGCGUGGUGCAAGUGCCUCGUGGACAACAUCGUCACAGCCUUCGGCACUAAGCAGCCCCCCGCGCACCUCAUACACACACUCAUACACAACACUUUAGGUACAAUGUCGCCGUCUGGUUCAGGGUCUCCCUUAAUGGGCAGCACCGAGGAAGACGUUGACAAUACGGAGCUGGAGUAUUCCGUGUUUCCCAGAUAUUCCAGCAGCUAUGAGACUGUAGAGGCUCUGGUGCUGGAAGCCAUCAGGGAGCAAAUUCAGCGCAGGGCUGCGCCCGAUGCAAUCGGGAAAGGCUUCCUCAAGCUACUCUCGGCUACUUGCGGCUUCCCCGAGAUCCGUAUGAUAGCAGCAUCGAGACUGGAAGCUUGGCUGCACUCCGGCAAGCUGUGCCGUGCGGCGCAGGAACUAUUGGCACAUGUGUGCGCCAAUGCGGCAAGUGCUGGGCCAAGUGCCGCAAGAGACGGCGAAGUGUUGGCUCAACUAACUCGCAUGCGAUUGAAGACCAAGCCCUUACAAGCUGCUUACCAGUUCUGCCUCAGAGAGAUGGUAUCGGAUAGUCCAACAUUACUGCGCAGCGUGGUGACGCACACGAUCUACAACGAGCUAUCCAACGUGCGCUCCCCCAACAACAUGUCCGUCCUGGCAGCGUUGAUAAACGCACAGCCGCAGCAGGUGCCCGUUGCCAUGGCUGAAACAUACCAGGAAUUGAUCGGCCGUACGGAAGACUACCUGCGUCCGCUGCGCGCGUUGACGCGCGAGUGCGUGCGCGCCGCGCGCUCAGACGCGGCCGCGCUGCUUCCGCUCGCGUGCGCGCUCGCGCGCCCGCCACCCAUGGACCCGCCGCAAGAGAUUCGAGAGCGUGCCUUCCAGUCUAUCGCUGACCUGUUCUGCGUGUGUUGCCUGGUCACUGCGGCGCACAGCAAGCACUCGGCCGACUAUCGCGCGCAGCUGACCGCGCUGCAGCAACAGGCGCUCGGCUGGCUGUUCGACACUGCGACACCGGUCUAUCGCCCGGCGCGACACGACUACCUACACGUGCUACAUAAGAUAAUGUUUGUGGAGCCAGCAGAGACGUACAGCAAAGUGGAUAACUGGCCCCCAGAGUCAGAGAGAGCCCUAACUUACCGCCUGUGUACGGAGACGCCGCUGCCACAUAGUACACUAAUUAAACUCAUCUUUAUUGGUCUCUCGAAGGAGAUCCCCGUGUCACCCACGGAGGUGUUCGAGCUGAUAGAGCAGCUGGUGCGCAGAGCCUGUGCCUUGCCCCCCGAGGACCAGCCGCUGACGGUGGACAAGCUGGACAUCGCGGAACACAUCUUCAAGCUGUGUCAGUUCCAUCCGCCCGACAACAUCACUCUGCCUGCUAGUUACCAGGCCCCAGAUUUGGCUAUAACGUCGCUGUACUGGCGCGGCUGGAUGCUGCUGACCAUGCUGGCCGCGCACAACCCGCACGGGUUCGCCGAGCGCGCCGCCGCCGCGUACCCCACGCUUCGAGCGCUUAUCGAGUGCUGCAUCACCAGCAAGCCAUCAAUCGAGUGGAACGGCACGGCCGAAGGGGAGCGCGCGGAGGCGGAGCGCGCGGUAGUUCUGCAGCUGGAGACGCACCUCGCUGCCGCCAGCAACGCCAAGCUCCCCGUCACUGAACACUCUUCUCGACUCUUGGCUCAGUUGACGACGUUAGAACCUCUGGGGCCCGCGAGGCGUCCACCGGCAGCAGUUCUCGAGGCGCUGCAGACGCUGAGCAGCCAGCUCCGACUGGGGCGCCUGCUGUGUCGCCAGCCCGCGCUGCUCUUGCAGCUCGUGGAGAGACACGGCACCAGGCGAGCGAUGCCCUGGCUGCAUCAGUUGCUAAGACACGAUCGGUUGGAGCUCAGCGUGCUGCCAGUGCAGUGCCUCUGCGAGUUCCUGUCGGCGGGGGGUGCGGGCGGCGCGGGCGCGGGCGAGGCGGGCAAGGCGGGCGAGCUGUGCGCGCACCUGCGCCGCACGCUGCACAGCGAGGAGGGAGCGCGGGCCGUCUUACACUACUACCUGCAGAGACUGGCGCACACGCACAAACCCACCCGCCAGUCCGCCAACCGGGGCUUGAAAUUGGUACUAUCGCAAACGGAUGACGCAACGGACAUGGACUACAAUGCAGACGUCAGUCCUGAGUCCUGGUUGCCCCUACUGCCCUCACUAGUCCACUGGGAAGCUCUGCGGGGCGAGGCAGUGCGGCGCGUGAGAGCGGCGUGCCUGGUGGAGUGCGUGCCGCAGCACGUGGCCGCUUAUCUAGGCUUCCUGGCGUGCCACGCCGAGCCGCACGACCUCCCUGACAUCGUACUAGACCUGAGUCAAGUGCUGAUGGAGCGCACCACGGUGAUGGGCUACGUGCUGCCGCCGGUGGACGCCAAGGAGCUGCCUCGCGACGACCACUUCGCGCAGCACAGGGCAUUACACGCUUUGACCACCAUAUUUUACACGCAUCUCAAACAGAUGCUGUCAUCUACUGAGCCCACUGAAGCCCAGGAGAUGUUGGAAGAAGGCGUGGACGGCGCGAGCGGUCUGUACGCAGGAGACAAAGUGACCCUACAGUGGGUCAACGGGCGCCGCGCCACUUUGUAUGUCGUGGUCGCGCACGCGCAUCUCAAACUGCUGUGCUAUGGACCAUCUUGCUUGGAUACAAACCAAGAGAUGUACUCCUGGCUUCAAUCCACUUGGGUAGGCAGCGACGCACCUGAGGCCUUCGUAUCGGAGUCCCCGGAUGAGGCCGUGCUGUUACCGGAUUGGCUGAGGCUGAGCCUGGUGCGGUCGGCGCGCAAGCCUCUGCUGGAAGCUGGUCUGAGAGGCUUAUCGGCUCCCAAGCUGUCGCUGUUCAUACAGACCUUCGGCAUGCCCGUGUCUUCAAUGAGUGCCUUAUUGGAAACCCUGGACGCGUGUCCAGCGGGCGCUAUAAACCGGCUGGGAGUGGAGCGCGGCUACAUGGCGCAACUUCUGCAGGUGCAGAGAGCUCGCGGCGCCGUGGGAGGCCACGCCUUCGCCGCUACUCUCCGCCUGUCCAAGCCUCAAUAUCCACCAGAUGACAUGCUGUUCACGGAUGAGGUCCUCCCGGAAGAGGAGGAGGACCCGUGGGCCAGUCCUCGCGAGCCAGUGAGGUUGGACGCCAGCUCCGUUGGCGCCCUGCUGGCCACCACGUUCUCUGCUGCUGACAUGUUCCGAGGGGACCUGGAUGCCGCGUUCAGACAACUACAUGGGCUGAUAGCGAACGAAGCCCGCGGCGGCGAGGGUCCGUGCACGCGCGCCACGCUGGCGUUUCUGCUGACCGUUAGCGCGGCGGGGUUGCUGCGGCAGCCCGCGUACGCAGCACCCUUGCUACGCACGCUCAUGCACGCCCGACCCAAGGGCUUUACCGAGGUAGCUCGAGGGCUCCUGUCCCAAUGCAAGUGCGCGCGCGGGCCCGUGGCGGACGCGCUGCGCAGCGCGGCCGGCGCCGCCGUGCUGAGCGACUGUCCUCUGCCGACCGUGCCGUCCCAAGCCACUAAGGACCAACUGGUCGCAGCGUUCGAGUCCACAACGCCAAGUACUUUGGAAGUGGUGGGCAACAAGAUCAUUGAGUCACAAGACACGCAGGUGGUCAUAGACACCAUCACACAACUCCUGGAUAAGAACCAGAAGAACUGUUACGAAAUCACGGUGAAAGUGGAGGAGGAUGAGAAGUACAGCAGUUUCCCAGCGCACGUGCUGUCGGUGCGCGGGCUCGGCUGCGGCCUGCUGCUGGACUGGCUGUCAGAGCUGCAGCGGGAGACACGAGACAAUCAGAUGCGGCUGAUGUUCGUGCGCGGCGGCGGCAGCUGGCGGCCGCUGCUGGUGACGCUGCUGGCUCACCGCGCGUCGUGGCGCACACUACACGGGUGCCUUGCUGCACUGCUGCAGCCAGGGGGCUGGUCGGCCACUUCAGUGCUGGACUUUGCGGAGACCUUGAUAGGCAGUCCCCGCGUGUGGCAGGGCCGCGACCGCGCCACGCCCAAACACCACACGCCCGAGGAUUCGCUGCGUCUCACUCACACUCAGCUGGACGUCCUCAUUCAGUACGUGGGUGAAGAAGCGAGCGAAGCCGAAGCAGCAGAAGGGAUGGAAGCAGCAAGGAGAAGCAUCGAAGCGCGCCUUCCGUUAAUACUGCGCUGCUGUUCCGCGCCACACGCACUCUUAGCCGCAGCGUUGGCCGCUGCCAAGGCGCAUCCGCUUCUUUUACUGCUCUUAUACAUGAAAGUACCAAAAAUCCUCCAACUGCUUCGUGAGUGCGAGGAGCGGCCGCCGGCGACGUUCGACGACAUCGCGCCCGCCGACAUGAUGUCCGCCGCGCGCCGCUCCACCAGCGCCACCGACCGCGUCUCGCACUCCCUCCUGACCACGCUGGCCGCCGCCCCGCCGCACCACUCCAAGGAGCAUUCACAGAAGAUGUGGCGUACGGAGGCGAACGUGCGCGCAGUGUGGGCGCGCUGCCGCGGCGCGGGCGAGCGCGCCUUGCCGCUCACGGGCGCGUUGCUGCGCGGCGUGCGCGGCCGCACGCACCACCACCAUCAGCACUUGCUGUCCGCGCUCGAGAUACUGCCUGAUAAGGAGCUGUUCGCCAACCAUGUCAGUGACGAGAUCCACAACAUCCUGGAAUGUUUCCUAAACAUGGUGAAGGAGGGCGGCGCCGGCAGCGGGUCGCUGGCGCACCGCGUGGCGGCGCUGCUGCGGCGGUACCGCGCCGUCAGACCCUCCCGCGCCACGGCGCUGCUGGCCGCGCACCGGGACACUGUCUCGUCGCAGGCGGCGCUGAGCGGGCUGAUGACGGCGGAGGGCCCGCCCGCGUCCGUGGCGCCGCCGCCGCACGCGCUGCACGCGCUGCAGAGGCGGGUCGCGCCGCCGCCGGAGCUGCAUUGGCUCAUACAGGAGGUGGAGGCGUGGGGCGUGCGGCGCGGCGGCGCGUGGGGCGGCGCGCGGGCGGCGGACGCGCUGCUGCGCGCGGUGGCUCCGCUGGCCGCGUCGCCGCACGCGCCGCUGCGCACCUCCGCGCUGUCGCUGCUGGCCAAGCUGCUGCCCGCCGCGCCCGACCUGCACCCCGGACUGCAAGCCAUCCUGGAAUGCCUGGAGUCGAACCAGCCAGAAGUAGCCCAGUCCGUGAUAGACAAGCUGCCGGAGCUGGUGGUGGGCAUGCAGGAGCACGCGGCGCGCAUACUCAUGCGCGUGUUCGAGCUCGGCAUGAAGUCGCGCCUGCCGGUCGAGCAGUGCAUCGCCAAGUGUGUGGCCACCAUUAACCUAAACAGGGGCUGUUGAGCGUACUCUUAAUACCUGAUAGUAAAAAAACGGCCAAGUGCGAGUCGGGCUUGCGCGCCGAGGGUUCCAUACCUUAGAAUUCUGUUGCUUAAAUUAUUUCCAAUUUGUUGAGAAGAACCCUUGAUUUUCAGGAAAAAAUAGCCUGUCACUUUUCAAGUCUUUUAUCUUUAUCCAUACAAAAAUCACGUCAGUCCGUUAUGACGUGAUGGAAUGACAACCCAACAAACACGCUUUCGCAUAUUUACAAUAAUAUGGGCAGAGAAUGCAAAAUGAAAAUUUAAAAAAAAUGCGAUGUAACCACAAAUUGACGAUUUUCGAUUUUUUUUUCCUAAUGCCGUAAGUCCUUGCAUAUUGCCACAUGAUCAACGGGAAGUACCUUCUCCUCCCUACAAAAUAUACGGCAGUUUCAGCCAAUCAGGCCAUAUUUUUUGAUUACAUUCACUUUUACAGCUCCAAGACCUAAAUUUGAUGAUUUUGAUUUAGAAAUUUUGAGAGACAAGGAAAUUUUCCCUUAUAGGCGUGUUCUCUUUUAAGUAUGGAACCCUAGAAUAACUCAUCUUUGAAUGCCUAGAAUAGAAAAAAUUUGCCAUAGGGCAAUAUAGAUAAUAAUUAUUGUAUUUAAGAAUAAGUAUUGUAAAUAUUUUUUAAUUUUAAAUAUAUGGUAUUGUUUUUUAC